CGAACAAAUGGUCUAGGCACACCGGGACUGAAAGACGUCUUGAAGGUUUGUCAUUCGCUAUAGACUCCUUAUAACAAAACCCACAGCCUUACGUUUUAACCUUUAACCCGGUAGAUCCCUUCACUCACGUCCGAACACCAGCUUGCGGACCUACUCCCUCCUUCACCCUCAGCAGCCGGUACAUCCACGCGCAACUUCUCGCCAACGCCUAGCCAUCUCAACUCUUCAACCAUGUACACUCCCCACCAGAACUCGGCGGCGGCGUCGUCGUUCAUACUAGGUCUUCCUCGAACAAGUUCCCCGCCGCCUUUAGAUACACGGCCCGAACCCCUUCUUUCAGGAGGACACUCCCGGUCAGAGUCGAAUCUUCCAGCGGCUUUGUCUUCGCCCAUCCUGCCGUCUUUACGGCCUCUCGAUUUCUCCACCUUGGUCGGAGCGCACCAAACGCGUGCAGAACUAGCCAGGACCAUCGAGGAUCUCAGUCGUUGUCUAGCUGUCGUCGAGGUCGGGCUCAACGGCAUGCUCGAUAAUGUCCGGGGAGACGCCAUCGAGGAAGAGCAAGAAGAUUCCUUCGUCGAUGGUAGCUAUGCAGAUACAUUGGCGGACUACCCACACGCCAAUGGUGUAACAUCACGGUAA